CUGUGCGCGGCGCCGAGCCAUCAGCGCUGAGUUGGAGGAGGCGCGCGGGCUCUGUUUAUUAAACCGGUGGCCAGAGAAACAGCCGCGCAGCACCGGGCUUAUUGUCACUGAAGAGGGAUACUAGCGGCUGCGGGCGAUGCUGGGCGGCGGAACGGGGGGUUUCGGUGCUGUUUUAGCUCACAGAAGGUGAAAGAACGCCUGGGUGAGAGAGAGGGAUAGAGAGAAGGAGAGAGGGAUGUGAGGAGGGCUCAGCUCAGCUCUUCCCUUCUACUUUGUUCAGCUGGUUAUUUAACCCAGCCCUUUCCCAGUGGUUUGAGGUUGUGGAAGUGGGGUCUGUGGAUGUCUACACGAGCUGCUGCGGAUUCUAACAGGCUGUAGUUCAUAAACCUGUAGCUAGCUUAUAAAUACUCAACGGCUGUUCCACUGUCUGUAGCUGUGUUGGCAUGGACUGGCAUCUAUAUGUGAUAUAUAGUCAAGCUGCACUUCUCAAUAGUGCUUAAAGUGAAUGUGUUUGAGGAUAUAUAGCUAUACUAGACCAGUGUUGGGGUCUGUAUUGAAUAAAAAGGCUUGUGGACCACUGUAUACCUCUUUCUGUUGUCCACAAAAUACAGAAGGCGGAAACUAAGAAGAAACAACACCAACAACAACAAAAGCCACUACUGCUGCUUCUUGGAUUUCCUGACAACAAGCCAUUAAGACAAUAAAAACGAAGUUUCCCCCGAACCAGUAAUGGCAAAUGACUCAAUUCAGAGUGACCCCGGCGGGUUGUCUGUUCUAGAGCAGCUGGGUCUGGACCACAGCUCAGACUUCUCGGACUCAAGUGUUCAGCAGCGGCUGGACGAGCAGCGCGAGCGAAUCCGCCGCGAGAUCCGCAAGGAGCUGAAGAUUAAGGAGGGAGCUGAAAACCUGCGACGUGCCACCACAGACAAACGCAAUGCCCAGCAAGUGGAUAACCAGCUGCGCAGCUCGAACCGACGCCUCGAUUCACUCCAUGCCCAGCUACAGGAACUCGACGCCCACAUUGUUGUCAAAGGAACAGAUGAUGCGCGUGAUGAUGCUCCACAGUCUCCGGGUGCGGAGAGCCGAGUGUCGGCUCAUCAGGACCGCAUCGCUGCUCUGGAGAGACAGCUCAACAUCGAGCUUAAAGUCAAGCAGGGAGCUGAAAACAUGAUCCCUAUCUACGCUAAUGGCUCUACAAAGGACAAAAAGAUGUUACAGACAGCCCAGCAGAUGCUUCAGGACAGCAAAACCAAGAUCGACAUCAUCCGCAUGCAGAUCCGGAAAGCAGUGCAGGCCUACGAGCACAACGAGGACAUGCAGGGCGAGGGUAAGCCUGACCCGUGUGGAAUGGAGCUGAGGAUUGAGGAGCUGAGGCAUCAUUACCGUGUGGAGCACGCUGUGGCAGAAGGGGCUAAGAAUGUACUCAGGCUGCUCGGGGCCACCAAAGUGCAGGACAAGAAGGCCAUGUCUGAGGCUCAGUGUCGUCUGAGUGAAUCCUCUCAGAGGUUGGAUCUGUUGAGGGAUUCUUUAGACCAGCGUCUGGCUGAGCUUCCUGAAGAUCACCCCAAAGCCUGUCUGAUUAAGGAGGAACUGGUUCUGGCCUCUUCGCCUGCUUUUAGCUCGAGACAUGGUGCCCCGUAUGUACACAACCAGUACAGCACCCUCUCCAAACCAUCACCUCUCACUGGAACGCUGCAGGUGACGUUGCUAGGCUGUGUGGGAGUGUUGGAGGUGGUUCCAGGUCGUUGCCGGGGCAGCCCGGUCGUGUUGCCGUGCUACAGUCCAGGCGAGGGUCGCUCGUUCAUGCGCAGCGGGAAGGGUCUUUACGGGCGCAGUGGCAGCGUGAGCGGAAAGAGCACCCUCAAAACAGAUGAACUGUCCACGGAGGUGAGUGCUGUGCUGAAGCUGGAUAACUCUGUGGUGGGUCAGACAGCAUGGAGAACUGUAGGAGAACAAGCCUGGGACCAGACCUUCACUAUAGAACUGGAGAGGAGCAGAGAGAUGGAGAUUGCAGUGUACUGGAGGGAUUACCGCUCUCUGUGUGCGCUGAAGUUUCUGAAACUGGAGGACUUCCUGGACAACCAGAAGCACAGAGUUCAGUUGGAGCUUGAACCCCAGGGCCUCCUGCUCGCUGAGGUGACGUUCUUUAACCCCGUCAUUGAGAGGGUUCCACGCCUUAAGAGACAGAAGAAAGUCUUCUCUAAACAGCAGGGUAAAGCAUUCCUGCGCGCACGUCAGAUGAAUGUGGAUAUCGGCACGUGGGUGCGGCUCUUAAGAAAUGCUAUUCCAACCGUCAACAACACCGGAACCUACAGCCCCAGUUCAGCUCACACAAUACAGUCUGGGGAGAUCUCUGUGGAGAAGCUUAGCCUGGACUGUGACUCUCCCUUGAGAGUGGACCUCAGGAGAGACGUGACAGAUGCACACACUCCGGAACGACAGACCAGCGUUGAGCCUUGCUCUCCCCAGGACUCAUCCAUACCUCAACGAAACAACAGAACACAGUCACUCAGCAGUAAACAGAAGAAGACACUCUUGGGGCUGCAGGACUUUAGGUUGAUCGCUGUGCUCGGCAGGGGCCAUUUUGGAAAGGUGUUGCUGGCAGAGUAUAAGAAGUCAGGAUCUAUGUACGCUAUCAAAGCUCUGAAGAAAGGAGAUAUUGUGGCCAGAGAUGAAGUGGAGAGUUUGAUGUGUGAAAAGCGGAUCUUUGAGACUGUGAACACUUCCCAGCACCCGUUCCUGGUGAAUCUGUUUGCGUGUUUCCAGACGCCAGAGCAUGUGUGUUUUGUGAUGGAGUACACGGCGGGCGGCGACCUCAUGAUGCACAUCCACGCAGACGUCUUCACCGAGCCACGGGCUGUGUUCUAUGCUGCCUGUGUGGUGCUGGGCCUUCAGUUUUUGCAUGACCAUAAGAUUGUAUAUCGGGACCUGAAAUUGGACAAUCUGCUACUUGAUACAGAUGGAUAUGUGAAAAUAGCUGACUUUGGAUUGUGUAAAGAAGGUAUGGGCUUUGGGGACAGGACAAGUACAUUUUGUGGCACUCCAGAGUUUCUGGCUCCAGAGGUUCUCACAGACACGUCCUACACAAGAGCAGUCGACUGGUGGGGACUUGGAGUCCUGAUCUACGAGAUGCUGGUUGGAGAGUCUCCAUUCCCAGGGGAUGAUGAAGAGGAGGUAUUUGAUAGUAUAGUCAACGAUGAAGUCCGUUACCCACGAUUCCUGUCAUCUGAAGCCAUUGCCAUUAUGAGAAGGCUCUUACGGAGGAACCCAGAGAGGCGACUGGGCUCAGGAGAGAAGGAUGCAGAAGAGGUUAAGAAGCAGUCUUUCUUCAGGAAUAUGGAUUGGGAGGCUCUUCUCCUUCGCAAACUCCCUCCCCCCUUCGUUCCUUCCAUCGGAGGAAAAGAAGACGUCAGCAACUUUGACGAAGAAUUCACGGCGGAAGCUCCUGCCCUCACACCGCCAAGGGAGCCUCGCACGCUCUCGCGCAAAGACCAGGACAGCUUCCGUGACUUCGAAUACGUCUCCGACCUCUGUUGAAAUUCUCAGAAGGAAGUUGUCAGAGAUAUCAAAGGUUGUACAGUCCAGGAGUCGUCCAGGGAUGUUUAUUAUCUCUUUGACUGCGAUCACGGCGGAUCUGCACCAUUACCACUACACUGUGACAGUAAAAGUUCGGCCAUUGUGGAUGGCUUGGUUUUUUUUUUUAUGGAUGCCAGAAUGAAGAUUGAAGAGACUACUAUAGCUCAGUAAAUGUGUGGAGUUUUUGUUUUUACUCUGGGAUGGAGAACGGAUUACGCUAAUGAAGAGAAAAUAUUUAGAGAUGGAGAUUAUGUGGACUACUCAUCAAGAGAGGGGAUGUAAAAGGCUGUCUGGCAUAUUCUCAAUAUAACGAUAAUGACACAUAGAAAUGUGAAUUUCAGCUGAGAAAAAAAAAGAAAAACUUCAAUGUAGUCUUUCUUAUACUGCCUCUUUCUGUCUCUCACUUCUGCCUUUCACGUCAAACAAGUUCAUCAGUAGAAGAACGGGACAGCAAGCAGCUGCCAUUCUGACCUGGCCCAGUGACACUCGUUUACACACUGUGAUUUUGGAUUUUGAAAAUGCCUUAACUUUAUACUCUGUCCCUUUUGAGAAUUUUACGUAGAAUCUUUUAAGUAUGUUAGUCAAAGGAACUGAAAAAAGAAGCCUUGAAUGGACAAUGAUGAUGAAGUGAUGUGAUGAUGAAUGAAUAUAUAUAUAUAUAUAUAUAUACAUACAGUACGGAGAAUCAUGAGGUCAAGAUUAAUACAAGCUAAUGCUACGUACACUGCUUAUACUGAAAGGUUUCAUGUUUGAGAACAACAACAAGAACAACCUGAAUAUGGAAUUGUGCCCACAUUUAGGAUUAAAUGGGUUAAAGAAUGACCAUUAAAGGUGCUGUAUAUUAUUCUGAAGAACAAUUCUUGGUGUUUGAACCAAACUGUUGGUGUGCAAAACAAACAAACAAACUCCUCCCUUCAGGAUGUUCAGAAAUCUUGCAAUCUUUUAAAUACCUCACCAACGUUUACACAUGCCGAUGCCUUUCCCAGUCCUCGGCGCACACUUAAAUGGCCCCUAAUAAUGUCGUGUGGCCCAUUUCCCAUUUACAAAGUAAGGCACCAAAAUGUCAGAAUCUUUUCCAACACAUAAACAGACCAGGGAGUUAGGGAACUGUGAGGAAACAUUCGCUGAAUUAUUUAAAAUGUGUAUUGGUGUAUUAAAAAUCGUAUACAGUGCCUUUAAUGGUGAGAUUCAGUUUAGUACAUUGACAGAGCAUCUCUGAAUAUUGUUCUGGAUAAGUUUUAAGCAAGUACUAGACACUGAUUCAACACUUUUUUAAAGGCAGAGCCCUUCAGUGUUUUUCAACUUCAGCUUAAUCUGCUGCAUUGUUGACAUUAACAGUCAUUUUGAUGCCUUUCCAGUAACCCUAAAGAUCAGCUACAGCACAUCUCUUUAUGUGUUCGUCAGUAAAAUUAGUAAAACGUCUAAAAGAUUUUAUUCUCUUAAUAUUAUUCUAGCUAGUCAAAAUGUGAAUUAUAGAGUUUUCCCUUCUAAAGUCUCCAUUGCUCCACCAGCUGCUUGUAUUUAGUAAAACUGAGCCGGAUCGUCUUUUAGAGGCUGUACAUUUGACAUAAAGACGCGUGACAUGGCCAGAAGAACUCCAGCGAAAAGCGACCAGACACCCAGUUUUUAGAAUGAAUAUAUAUUAGGCUUAGGGGGGAUGGUUGUUCCAGCGCACUGGUACCAUUUAAUACAAUAUUUUACCCCUUCUCCACUCAGAAAUGCUUCAGCUUUCAGUUGAGAAACAAAAUAAUACGGACUGCCACUUUAAGUAUUCUGUUACAAGGACACAAAGUCUCAUUGAUGUGGAGCACCACAAUCAGUCUUGCUAAACAUGCGUGAGUGAAUAAGUUACAAGCCAUUAGAGGCAUCUACAAAAAUGUUGCAUCUCCAAUAUGUCAACUUUACCAGUUCCUAACUGUUCAAAGCUUUUUUUAAGGUAAUUUUGUAUACAUUCAUAGUUACGUUUGGAAAACUAUAUAUAUUAUAUCAAUAUGCAGAUACAAGCUUUAGAAAGGCAUUUAGAUUAUUGUUGAUGGUGACUAUCAAAGUGGUGGAUAAAGAAUGAAUUGAAAACAAACUACUGAAGGAUUUAUUUUAAGAGUUGGACCUAAUUAACUUUAAAAACUACAAGGCUGUGUAAUUUCUGACAGAAACUAGGAAAGGAGUAUAAAUGUUUCAGUUUGUUUUGGUGGAAAUUAGUCCCAAUAUUGUUUUCCUGUUUUAGCAUUUUAAGCCCAUUUUAUUUAAUUCUCUACUUUGAAACACUGGAUUUUGCAAUUUGUCAUGAAGGGAUUAAUUCUGCAAAAUAAUGAAAAAUCAUACUUCAAUACCACAAAAAAUGAAUACACUGAUAAACAUGUAGCACAAACUUUAAUAUGAACUUUGGCCUCCAAAAUCAAUGUCUGUUUAUUACCCAUCUUCGAAUCAGAGACGACAACACUGCUUUUAUGUGGACAGUAAAACUGUUGUCCGAUUUUCCUGUGGUUUGCAGGUCAGUGUUGAUGAAUUGGUAUGACUGUGUCCAGUAUACUAUUAUAUUACAAUUCAUCAGAACUCUGUGUUGAGCUGUAUUUAUAAAGACUUGUUGAUAAGA